AUGUUUGGCGCGCCUGCGCCCGCGGCGGCGACAACCUCCCUGUUUGGGGCGCCGGCGUCGGGGGCAGCGCCCGCCACUGGGCUGUUCGGAGCGCCGGCGGCGCCGGCUCCCGCCGCAGGCCUCUUCGGGGCGGCGGCGCCGCCGCCUGCCGCCGGCGGCGGGCUCUUCGGGGCCCCCGCCGCGCCGGCGCCGGCGCCCGCCACCGGCCUAUUCGGCGCGCCUACGCCAGCACCCGUGGCCGCGCCGUUUGGCGGCGCCGCUCACCGCGUUGCCGGCACCUCGCUCUUCGGCGCCACUGCGCCGGUGCCGGCCCCGGCGCCCGUCGGCACCUCCCUCUUCGGAGCCGCGCCCAGCGGUGGCCUCUUUGGCGCUCCGGCGGCGCCCGCGCCCGCCGCCGCCGCGCCCGCCGCCGCCGCGCCCGCCGGUCCGGCGGGCCCGGAGCUGCAGGCGAAGCGCGCCGCCGCCUUCGCCGCUUCGGACGAGGCGCUCUGGUCCCGCGCCGACGCGCACAACCCCGACCCGAGCCGCUUCUGCCCCGUCCAGCUCACCGGCUUCCAGGCGCUGCAAGAGAAGAGGAGAGAAGAGAAGAGGAGGACGCUCGCGCGGCACCAGGACAACCUGCGCCGCCUCGUCUCGCUCAACGAGGCGCUGCAGCGCGACGUGCAGGCGACGCUUGACGCGGCCGUUCGCUCCAUCCUUGAGCGCGGCCCACAGCUGAAAAGUGGGAGGCGCAACCGGAUGGGCGACGUGCAUACGUCGAAGCCCGGCGCCUACGCCGUCGAAGUCGGGUCGCCAGCAUCGCGGGUCUCAAGCCAUCACCGCGACGGUGCCGCGGCAUUCGCUGCCGAGGCUGCGCAGGCGCUCGCGGCGGCAACCGUGGCCGGCCACGCCAGCGCCGUGGAGCUCCUGCUGCAGGCUCGCGCGGACCCGAACGCGUGUCACGGGGCGGAGGGUUGGACCUCCUACCACCUCGCUUGCGUGCACGACCGGGCAGACUGCCUCGAGGCGCUGGUGCGCGCCGGCUGCGACGAGCCGCGGCGCGACGCGGCCGGACGCACCGGCGCCCAGCUCGCCGCAGAGCGGGGCUGCCGGCUGGUGCUCGACUGCCUCGCCGGCCCGCUGGCCGCGCUGCGCAGGCAGAGGCUGCAGGCAAAGGCAGCCCGGAGAAGAGUCGAGCGCGGCAAGCGGGCUCUGCUGCACGCUGCCCUCCGGGAGGAGGAGAGGCAGCAGGCGAGGCGCACGCGGCCCCGCGGGCUCUUCCUCGAGUUCGGAGCGGCGCGGGAGGCUGGCUUCUUUGAUCGCGGCGGCGAGCUACCCGAGGUGGCGGCCAACGUGCGGUUGCACCGCGGCUGGUUCGACGCGUCGCUGCCGGCGUUCUUGGCGCGCGAGAUGGCGGUGGGGGAGGUGGCGCUGCCUCUGCACGUCUCCUUCCUGCACAUCGACUGCGACCUGUACUCGUCGACGCAGACAGUGCUGCGCUGCCUCGCGUGCGCCAUCGGGGUCGGCACCGUCGUGGUGUUUGACGAGUGGUGCGGCUACGUCGGCUGGGAGGAGCACGAGGCGCGCGCGUGGCGCGAGUUUUGCGACGAGCACGGCGUGCGCUUUCAAUGGAUUGAGCCGCCCUCAGCUGCAGCAUCAGCAGCAGCAGCAGCGGGAGGAGGAGGAGGAGGAGCAGGAGGAGGAAGCUCCGGUGGUGAGAGGUCGACGACUGCGGGCGAGGGAGAUCAGGCGGAGGGCGGAGGUGCGGGGCCAUCCAAGGCCCUGCUUGUCACGGCGAUUCGACCGCAGCAGCAGCAGCCACCGCCACAGCCACAGCCACCGCCACCGCUGCGCCCGCCGGCGGCUGCGCGCAAGGACAAGCAGGCGUCCAAAAAGAAUGGCAGCAGUGCUCAAAAGGCCCCCGCGUCGGCCGCGGCGGCCGAGAAGGCGGCGGCGGCGCAGCAGGCGGCACGGGAGGCGGUGGCGGCGCGUGAGGCGGUGGCGGCUGCGGCGGCGGCGGCGGCGGCCGAGCUCGAGCAGCAGAAGCAGGCACUCGCGGCGGAGGUGCACGCGCGUCUUCGCGACGAGGCGAAGCUCUUUGGCGACGAGGGCCAGACGGGUGACGGCGGCGGCGGCGGCGGCGGCUGCUGUGGCGGCGGCGACGACGACGAUCUCGGGGCGCUCCUCGACGUGGAGACGCUCGGCAGCUGCCGGCCCGCCGACGCCGACCCGCGCAGCCCUCGGCACGAGCGGCGGCCGUUUGCAUGCGCGGUGCGCGUGGCGGUCGCGGGGCAGAGCGUCGAGAUGGGCGUCGAGCAAGGCCAGGCGGUGGUGGACGAGGUGGUCGCGACGUUUGCGCGCGGGCCGACGGCGACGAGCGGCAGGGCGCUGCGCCCCGGCGCGCAGCACUGGGUGCUGUGGCGCAACCUCGGCGCGCACUCGCUGCGGCUGGAGCCGAACAAGUCCAACUCGAUCGUGUGGCUGAACAAGGCGCACGCGCGCAGGUCGGAGCUUGAGUCGUCGUGCGCGUGGCCGGCGCAGCGCGCGCUGCUGCGCAGCGUGCUGCCGCACGCAGAGACAUGGGUGAGCCUGCUGCAGCGGGCGCGCGAGGACGGCGGCAUCGACAUCAAGGACGAUUGUCGCCUCGACGACCGCUCGGCAAAGUGCCACCAGGACGGCAACAACUCGGUCGCCAAGGGAAACGUUCCGCUGGUCCGCCUAGCGCUCAACGUCUCAUCGGCCGCGUCGGGCCGCUCGCUCGACUACCUUCAGCUCUCGACCGACGGGACCUUCGUCGACGGAGCCGCGCGUGAGGCGGCGCUGCUCCACUCGGUGUCGCAGCACCGCAUGUGGCACGGCGCCGCGCAGACGACCCACGGCUACGUCCAGGGGGUCUCAAACUGCUGCCACGGCUCGUCUGCCGGCACCGGCCCGUGCCUCAAGCGCAUCGUGACUGUCUUUGCGCUGCCCGACGACCACCCGCUCGCGGCGCUCACGGCGGCGCAGCGGCUGCGGCGCAUCGGCCUCUCGGUCUUUGCCAUCGACCCGCGCCACCAGAUCGGUACUUCUUGGACCACGAGCCCGCCCUGUCAUGGACGUGUCGCGAGCGCGCCUGCUACCCUCGGCCCGGCAUCGUCGCCAGCACUAGCACCAGACGUGGCGCCAGCGACAGCGGCGCCCGGAGAGGACGCGAGGCCGCAGCCGCAGCCGCCGGCGGUGAGCAAGGCGCAGGCGGCCAAGGCGGCCAAGGGGCAGCAGGCGGUCCUUCGCUCGUCGACGCACCGCGCCGCCUACUCACGCGGCCGCAAGGCCGACCCCGGCCCCGCGGUAGCCCACGCGGCGCUGCCCGCGUCGCUGUGCGAGCAGGCGACGCUGCGGUACGACUCGGCGACGCACGACUUGCGCGGGGCGGUGGUGGGUUUGCUUGAGCGUGCGGGAAGCGGGGUCGGCCGCUUUGAGGACUUGUCGCGCGACGGAGACAACGGCAGUAGCAUCAGCGGCGGAGAGACGCGGCGGCGGCUGGAGGAUUUUCGGGUGCCGGCGGAGGCGCUGCGCGGCUCGGGCGGCAGUGCUGCCGCUGCCGCGCAGCAGCACCUCACCCUCGCCCUCGCGGCCGACGCGCCCUUUCUGGCGGCCUUUGAGCAUCUGGUCGAGAUGGUAGUGGUGCCGAGCCUCAAGGCGCGUCUCGUAACGGCCGGCGCGUGCCACGCCCCCACGACGUUUUAUUAUCAGUAUCCGCCGACGCUGCGACUGCAGCCGGGGCCGAGCUCCCGCACAGUGCGCCCUCACUCGGACGCCGAGUACGGCCACCAGAGGGGCGAGAUCAACUGCUGGAUGCCGCUGACGGAUAGAUUGCUCACGAGGACGACGCUGUGGGCUGAGUCGCACGAGGGCGCCGGCGACGACCACCCGUUUGAGGUGGACGUCGGCGAGAUUGCUCUCUUCCACGGGACAGUCUGCAAGCACCACGUGCCUGCCAAUCCGAGCGAAUGGACGAGGGCCUCCCUUGACUUCCGCGUGGGCAUUGAGGGCUACUUUGAUCCGUCCUGGAGCAUGAAGGGGACGAAGCAGGACCACGGGAGACGGACGCUGCUUGAGGUGCGUGGCGAGCUUCCCCUUGCUGCUAUAGGCGAAUACGGCCACCAGCGAGGGGAGCUCAACUUUUGGUUGCCGCUCACGGACCCGAAGCUCACGCGCACGACGCUCUGGGUCGAGUCGCACGAAGGCGCCGCCGACGACGCGCCUCUCGACGUCGGCUACGGUGAGAUUGCCGCGUUCCACGGCAGCGUGAGCUCUCACCACGUGCCUGCGAACGAGAGCAGACACACGCGCGUAUCGCUCGAUUUUCGCGUUGGUGUUGAGGGAUUCUAUGACCCGCACUGGAGCAUGAAGGGCACAAAGGAGGACCAUGGCCGGCGCAAGGUCGUGGUGGACGCUUCUAGAUGA